CCGAGGCGCGUGCACCGGGGCUCCGCGAGUCCGCGGGCAGGCAUGCGCGCGCUCGGCGGUUGAUGUCAAGUUCGGGCGGGAAAGCGACGGUAGCUGCUCGGCUGCUCGUGUCAGGGCACCCAAUGCACUCCUGAUGAUGAAGCGCCAAAGGAAAUUUAAAAACCAGAAGGUGGAGGAGUGUGGGAUUUGGUUAGACACAGAGGAACUGAAGAGAAAGAGACCGAAGGCCUAUUCCAUUUCGGAGCUUCUGAGCCCCCUGUCCAAGAACAGAUACAACAUCGAGGUUUCUCUAAAUUUCACGCAGACGAGGGCACCCCAGCGGCGUGUCAAGCAGACGACAGUCUCUUCCUUCUUCUUCCCAAAGUCCAAAGGUAACACUAGGAGCACCGCAUAUACCUCUAACCUGCAGGCGGUGGACCAUUCUCUUGCUGCCUUACCAUUCCCCAGCACCAGUGAAGGAGAAACUCUUAUAGAUCAACCUGAGGUGAUUGUUGAUGCAGAUCUGUGUGCAUUUGGCCUUGGCUGUGACACUCAGACGAAUGGCAAGGAGAUGAGGCCAACUACAUUGACAGAGGUCUGCCAUGGCACAGUGGGGAACAUUUCCCCUCCCACCACUACAUGCAUCAAAUCUGGCUCAGAUGAGCAGGCUUCACGGAUGUUACAUCGAACACAGCUGCCCUGUUGUAAAGCUGAUGGUGUGACAAGUGGAUUGCAGUCCAGUACUCCAGGGGAAGACACAGCAUCCAUCAAAGGCCCUAUUGACAGUACCCAUCAUGGCUUUACUCAGGAUUCACAAGGCAGAAGAGCGAUUUCACACAGGAGGUCAGCACCGUCUGCUGCUGUCAAUUCCGGGCUGGACCAGGGAGUCCAUCCUCGUGCUGACUCUGAAACACUGUGCGCAGAAAGCUUUGGAUCCGAGCUGUUGGGCUCUCUCACCGUGACACAGUGCACUGUAAGCAGAGCACGGGGCCUAUUGGAAAGGAAGGCAGUGCUUUUACCCAAACCAGACCGGGGCAACAGUUCAUUUCUAAACGACAAGGAAAAUAUCUUCGAACCUAUGUCUUGUUUCACUGGAAAAAGGAAUGACCUGUAUCAGCCACUUCUGAAAAGGGCCCCGAUGCCUUUGGGAAAUACUUACCUCCUGCAGUGUCCAAGUGCACUGCAUGACAAACCCGUGGCUUUUAUGAAGUGUCGAGAGCUGCUCGGUGACCAGUGUGAGCUGUCAGAUUUGUUCAGCCAAGAUUCACAGGGGAACCGAGUCAUCUCCCACCGGAACAGGAAAAACAGGAUCCUUUCCAAAGGUCACAGUGGGGUCAGUAGUCCCCCACAUAUUCGAAUGUCUGGUUCGGACAAUGCUCUGUGUAAAUCGCUCUCUGAGGAUGAUACCACAUUCUCUCCACUAUUCACACAAGAUUCCCAGGGCCAUGUGGUGAUCAAGCACAGCUCACGAGCGAUGUAUUAAGUAAUUUGUUUUUGUGCCACCAGUUUACUCCUUACCCUGAAGGUGGAUGUAAAAGAAAUAAAGAUACAUUUUA